AUGGCUCUUCCCACCAUCGACUUAAAGAUUCCCGAAUAUGAGGAAUGUCAGCAUAAAAUUACAGACUUUUUAUCGCAUUUCAAACAAGAGGUGGUGCCUUCUGUAACAAGCGCUGGUUUAGCCGCUAGAAACCGAGAAGGAUCAGACGAAGAUGAUCUUCUGAUGGAAGAUAUCCAGCCCGCUGACAAUGGUCCAGUGUUGAAAGCUAAAUACAUGGAUAUUUUACAGGAUGUCGCAAAUCGAAAACGAAAUGUAAUUACAAUUGAUUUAAACGAUCUUUACGAAUUUGAUCCAAGUGAUACUAAGCUCCUUUCGAAUAUCGAACAAAAUACGAAGCGCUUUGUUGAGCUCUUCUCUCAAUCUGUAGAUGCAUUGAUGCCUCCUCCUACCGUUGAUAUAAACUAUAAAAACGAGGUAUUGGAUGUAAUUAUGCAGCAGCGUCUUCAGCGCAACGAAAACCUUGAUCCUGAACAAAAGGGAUUCCCCCCAGAGCUCACGCGUGGUUAUGACCUUUAUUUUUACCCUGUGACUCGUAGUAAAAAGCCUUUCAGCGUUCGCGAUCUUCGCGGCGAAAAUCUAGGCUCUCUUAUCACUUUACGCGGCAUCAUUACGCGUACAAGUGAUGUGAAGCCAAGCUUAAUUGUAAACGCAUACACAUGUGAUCGCUGUGGUUAUGAAGUGUUUCAACAAAUCCGCCAAAAAACAUUUUUACCUAUCACUGAAUGCCCAUCCGAUGAAUGCAGAAAGAAUGAUGCAAAAGGUCAGCUUUUCAUGAGUACUCGUGCAAGCAAAUUUCUUGCUUUCCAAGAGGUCAAAGUUCAAGAACUGACAAAUCAAGUUCCGAUUGGCCAUAUUCCUCGUACAGUGACUGUUCAUUUAUAUGGAGCGAUUACCCGUACAGUGAAUCCUGGUGAUAUAGUUGAUGUUUCUGGUAUUUACCUACCCACUCCCUACACUGGCUUCCGUGCUUUGCGUGCUGGUCUACUCACUGAUACUUAUCUUGAGUGUCAUUCAAUUUCACACCUAAUCAAAAGCUACACCAAUAUUGAACGAACUCCUGAAACAGAGGCUACAAUUGCUGAGUUACACAAAGGUGGAAACGUAUACGAAAAGUUAGCAAAGUCGAUUGCCCCUGAAAUUUAUGGUCAUGAAGAUGUUAAAAAGGCAUUGCUUUUGCUUUUGGUAGGCGGUGUAACCAAACAUCUUGGCGACGGCAUGCGUAUUCGUGGUGACAUCAAUGUUUGCCUUACUGGUGAUCCUGGUGUUGCUAAAUCUCAGCUUUUGAAAUAUAUCUCCAAGGUUGCGCCACGUGGUGUGUAUACAACAGGCCGUGGUUCAUCAGGAGUUGGUUUAACUGCUGCUGUUAUGCGAGAUCCUGUGACGGACGAAAUGGUUUUGGAAGGUGGUGCUUUGGUAUUGGCCGAUAAUGGUAUAUGUUGUAUUGAUGAAUUUGAUAAAAUGGAUGAAAGUGAUCGUACUGCUAUCCAUGAAGUGAUGGAACAGCAAACCAUUUCUAUCUCGAAAGCAGGUAUAACUACUACCUUAAAUGCUCGCACAAGUAUCCUUGCUGCUGCAAACCCUUUAUACGGCCGCUAUAAUCCAAAAGUUGCCCCUAUUCAUAAUAUUAAUCUCCCGGCUGCUUUGCUUUCGCGUUUCGAUAUUUUAUUCCUCAUCCUUGAUACCCCUUCCCGCGAAACAGAUGAGCAUUUGGCUCAGCACGUUACCUACGUUCACAUGUUUAAUGAGCAACCCAAGAUGGAUUUUGAGCCCUUAGAUCCCUCCAUGAUUCGCCAUUAUAUUUCAGCCGCUCGGCAAUACCGUCCUAUUGUUCCUAAACAUGUAUGCGAGUAUGUGACUGGUGCCUAUGUUCAGCUUCGUCAGAACCAAAAACGUGACGAAGCAAAUGAAAGACAGUUUUCCCAUACGACUCCGCGUACGCUUCUAGGUAUUCUUCGUAUGGGUCAGGCGCUUGCUAGACUUAGGUUUAGCAACACAGUGGAAAUCAGUGAUGUUGAUGAGGCAUUGAGGUUGAUGGCUGUUUCUAAGUCUUCAUUGUAUGAAGAUUUAGACCCCGGUUAUCAUGAUACUACCAUUUCCUCUAAAAUAUACAAAAUUAUUAGAGACAUGCUCAACAAUGCUUCCAGCGAGGAAGAAAGUAGGUCUUCACUGCCUCUUCGCACCAUUAGAGAACGCGUUCUUGCGAAAGGAUUCACCGAAAAUCAUCUUCUGAACACAAUUCAGGAAUACACUGAAUUGGGCGUUUUACUUACUACGGAUAACGGACAAAAUAUUAUGUUUUUAGAUCCUGAUAUUAUGUACAAUAAUUUCACUCGUUAA